AUGAACGACGGGACUCAGCAAUACGAGGAAAAAUUUUGCUGCGUCGAAGCAGAGCAUUUCGAUCGAUUAUUGAAGAAAUGGCUCUCGUUACACAUGUCACAAAAUACAUCAAAAUUAAAAUCUAUCAAUCCUACCAAAGUCGAAUACAAAAUCAAUUAUUUAGACGAGAGUAUUUUGCAAGAAGAUGAUUCUCCAAGAGUCGAUAACACCACUAAUGUAAAACCACAAUUAGUCUUUACUACUGAAAAUGACACAGCGACACUCGAGGAUCACUACAGAAAUCACAUUAACUCGCGAUCGAGGACAUAUUCGAAUACUUGGAAGAAAUUACAUGACAGACGUCAACGUAACAUUCUAAAUGCUCCAGAAGAAGUCGAUUCGAGGAAAGCUAAACGUUUCGAAAUGGGUCAGCGUGCCGGAAUCGCCACUGAUCAAUCGGAAGCGAAUAACAAUAAUGAUUCCCUUCGGCACAAAAAUGCAAGAACGCCCGCCAGUGAAGCACGUAGCGCAGAGGACCAUAUAAGAAAUACCGGCGCAGAAACGGAAAAAAUACGCGAAGAACGUGACAAUAAUCCGUAUCAGCGCAAACUCGACGAGGUCGAAGAUAAGGACCGGCAAGAUCGCCGUUCGACUCAACGUGACGUGCAAGAAGAAACGAACAGAUCGUGGAUCGUGGCUGGAAAAACACGAAAAGAUGAAGAUACGGCGGAAGAGAGCAGCGAGAAUUCCGGUGAGAAUCCUUAUCAACAUCGUCGCGAGACGCGAUUGCUGGAUAACGGGAAGAUCGGCCGAUUGGAUCGGUUCGAGGAGAGGAGCCCUUCAACGGAGACAUCGGGGAAUCCGGCGAAAAGGCCUGAGGAAGGGAAUCGACACGAAAACGAGGAAAACCCGACCGCGCGAGGUAGGAAGAAAGAAGGCGAGGAUAAAGACAAGAAGGAAGGAACGAUGCUCCUAAAUAAGAAUAAAGAGUCUGGAAGUAGAAAAGCGACGGUUUCGCUUGACAACGCGAAAGAGGGACGCUUGGCCGUUAAUGAAGAGGGAAAACUUCCUACAAAUGGUGAACAACGCAAAGCUGCUUCAACCGAAAGAAGAUACGAUCCUGAGGAGGCGGGAAAAUGGAGAGUUAAUAGCAAGUGUCUACAGAUAUUUUUAUAA